GGCGGCGGCCGCUGCGGCUGCCCGGGCGUUUGAAAAAGCGGCUGAGCAGGCGGCAAAAGACCCCGCCUGCGGGCCGCGCGUCGCGACCAUGGUCUCCAAGUCCGACCAGCUGCUCAUCGUCGUGUCCAUCCUGGAAGGUCGCCAUUUCCCCAAACGUCCAAAGCAUAUGCUUAUAGUAGAAGCAAAAUUCGAUGGAGAACAAUUGGCUACUGAUCCUGUGGACCAUACUGACCAGCCAGAAUUUGCUACUGAGUUAGCCUGGGAAAUUGACAGGAAAGCACUUCAUCAGCACAGGUUGCAGCGUACUCCUAUCAAACUUCAGUGUUUUGCCUUGGAUCCUUUAUCCUCUGCCAAAGAAACUAUAGGUUACAUUGUUCUAGACUUAAGAACCGCUCAAGAAACAAAGCAGGCACCAAAAUGGUACCAGCUGCUGAGUAAUAAAUACACCAAGUUCAAGUCUGAAAUACAGAUAAGCAUUGCUUUGGAAACAGAUACAAAGGCGCCAGUGGAUAGUUUUAAAGCAAAGGGAGCUCCCCCUCGUGAUGGAAAAGUACCUGCCAGCCUGUCUGGACUUGACCCCAAGGACAUAGUGGCCGUGCUGAAUGAGGAGGAAGGUUACCAUCAAAUCGGACCAGCACAGUGUUGUACUGACUCCUUCAUUAUGUCUGUGACCAUCGCAUUUGCCACCCAGCUGGAGCAGUUAAUUCCAUGUACCAUGAAACUUCCAGAGAGACAGCCUGAGUUUUUCUUUUACUAUUCUUUAUUGGGAAAUGAUGUUACAAAUGAACCCUUCAAUGAUUUGAUCAAUCCAAACUUUGAGCCGGAGAGAGCAUCUGUUCGAAUACGUAGCAGUAUAGAAAUUCUUCGAGUUUACCUGGCUCUUCAGUCAAAACUACAGAUCCAUCUCUGCUGUGGCGAUCAGUCACUUGGCAGUACAGAAAUACCUUUAACUGGAUUGCUGAAAAAGGGUAGUACAGAAAUCAACCAGCGCCCAGUUACAGUUGAGGGUGCUUUUACCCUUGAACCUCCAAACCGAGCCAAGCAAAAGCUGGCACCUGUUCCUGUGGAGCUAGCCCCAACUGUGGGAGUUUCUGUGGCUCUGCAGAGAGAAGGCGUUGAUGCCCAGUCUUUAAUUGAAUUAAAGACCCAGAAUGAACAUGAGCCACAGCAUUCAAAGAAGAAAGUUUUAACCCCCAUAAAGGAGAAGACACUUACUGGGCCCAAAUCUCCAAGCGUGUCCCCUGUUCUGCCUCCCAGCCAGUCACCUCCCACAAAAGAUGACGCAACAGAAAGUGAAGUGGAAAGCUUGCAGUUUGAUAAGGACCCAAAACCGAAUCCAAAGGCCAUCAAUUCUUCUGUACCUGCCUCACUGGUCCAGCCAGUGACUACGUCCAUUGCUUCAGAAAUAGUUUCAGGACAGAAAAUUGCUGUUCCAGCAACAUCACAUCAUUUUUGCUUUUCAAUAGACUUAAGGAGUAUCCAUGACUUGGAAGUUGGUUUUCCCAUCAACUGUAUUUUAAGGUACUCAUAUCCGUUUUUUGGAAGUGCCGCUCCUAUUAUGACGAAUCCUCCUGUGGAAGUUAGGAAAAACAUGGAAGUUUUUCUUCCCCAGUCUUACUGUGCAUUUGAUUUUGCAACUAUGCCUUAUCAGUUGCAAGAUACCUUCUUAAGAGUUCCAUUGCUGGUUGAAUUAUGGCACAAGGAUAAAAUGAGUAAAGAUUCACUUCUGGGAAUUGCCCGAAUCCAGCUUUCCAACGUCUUAUCUUCAGAAAAAUCUCGCUUUCUAGGCUCUAAUGGUGAACAGUGUUGGCGUCAAACUUACAGUGAAAGUGUGCCCGUUAUAGCAGCGCAAGGGUCAAACAACAGGAUAAUAGAUCUUUCUUACACAGUGACUCUAGAAGAUUAUGGAUUAGUGAAGAUGCGUGAGAUUUUUGUCUCUGAUUCAUCUCAGGGUUUAUCUGCUGCACAACAGAAGCCAUCUUCUCUUCCUCCAGCACCUUGUCCUUCAGAAAUCCAGACAGAGCCACGUGAAACCUUAGAAUACAAAGCAGCACUUGAGUUAGAAAUGUGGAAAGAGAUGCAAGAAGACAUUUUUGAAAAUCAGUUAAAGCAGAAAGAACUGGCUCAUAUGAAAGCUCUUGCAGAGGAAUGGAAGAAAAGGGAUCGAGAGAGAGAAUCACUAGUGAAGAAAAAGGUGACUGAAUAUACGAUUCUAGAAGGAAAGCUUCAAAAAACCCUGAUUGACUUAGAGAAGCGCGAGCAGCAGCUUGCCAGUGCGGAAUCAGAGCUUCAAAGAGAACGAAAGGAACUGAAGUCCGAACGUGAGCGGAACCUGCAGGAGCUUCAGGACUCCAUCCGGAGGGCCAGAGAAGAUUGCACUCACCAGGUAGAACUAGAGAGACUGAAGAUCAAGCAGCUAGAGGAGGAUAAACACCGACUUCAGCAACAGCUUAAUGAUGCUGAAAAUAAGUAUAAAAUUUUGGAGAAGGAAUUCCAUCAAUUCAAGGAUCAACAAAACAACAAACCAGAAAUCCGUCUACAGUCUGAAAUAAAUCUUCUCACCUUGGAAAAGGUUGAACUUGAAAGAAAGUUGGAAUCUGCAACUAAGUCUAAACUACAUUACAAGCAGCAGUGGGGACGAGCUUUGAAAGAACUUGCCAGACUUAAGCAGAAACACUGUAAACAAAUUUCAAGGUCACUGGGAAUCAUUGAUGUUCUACAGACCACAUUUGAGAUGCAACACUUCAAGAGGUAAUAUAAUAGACCUUGGGAUCACCACAGCGAAUUGUGCUCUGUGAUGGCUUUCGGAAGAUUAAAAUUAACUUCAUCAAAUUGGCACAAUUCAUAUGUGUAAAAAUUCAGUUUCUUCUACCACUUUUUAUUAAAAACACAUUUAUUGUGUUUGAAUAUAAAAUUGGAAUGCUCUAUCUACUUUUGUUCAGAGGAUUGUUUGUGCAACUUCUUGUUUAAAUUGGAUUAGUACCAUGUUAAUUUUACAUUGCCUCUGGUGAAUAGCCACGGGGCUAUAAUCUCUGCCAGUAAUUUGUCACAGCAAAACCCUCUGGAGGGCCAUACAAAACAUUUGUGUAGUAGGGAUUAAACUGCAAAAGCCGUAUCUUAGAUUGUUAAUAAAUGUUAAUGACAAAACCCAGCUGGUGAAGCUUGGAAAUAAGAUCUAAUGCUUGGUGCCUAUUGCCAGAAGAAUGUUUAAACAGAGAUUUCCAUUACUCAAAGGUGACCUAGUACAGUCAAUUUGUGAAUUAAAAAUCAUAAUCUUCUAAUUAGUUAGGAAAAACUCUUUUCUUCUGAUUCACAACCAUAAAAGUCUGUGUUUUCCAGUUGUAAACAUUUUGUUAUUUUAUAACUGUCGCCUACCCAAUUAUAAAACAAGUUAAGCGUCACACAAAAAUGGGCCCUAGCUUAGAACACUGGGAAGCGAUAGCCAUACAUUUGGGAUUUGGUAUCAUUGGUACAAUGCCUAACACUGACUUUAUAAAGUUCUAGUUGUUAGACAUUUAAGGGGCAAUUAAGAUUGCCGCUUUGCUCCUGCUAUUCUAAACAACAUUUCUUGACAACUGAGAGUAGGAAGAGAGCCACUGCUUUUUAAAAAUAAAUGAAUCAUCACUAAAAAAAAAAAGCAUACAUUUGUCGUAGAAAUUUUCACACUUUUACUAUGUCACAUAUAUUAAAACUAGGUAUGCAUGUUCCCAGGACAGAAAACAGAACUAAGAUUUUGGGUAGGAUGUGGGUCCCUUACCAUAUUUGUGCACAGUAGAGCUGUUUAAAACUAAGCUGAUAUAUUUAGUUAAAACAACACAGACUUCAUUGGCUGACAUCAACACUAUCUUGUCCAGCCUCCUGCUUAUCCACUCAGAGUAAUUAAUUUGAUUAAUUUAUAAGUAAUUUAGCCAAGGAUGGGAUGUAAAUCUUUGUUUAAGAAAACAGUUGGAGGUCCAAGUCUUGGUUAAAAACUGUGUCUUGAAACCAUCCAGGCCCUCCUACUGACUUGUCAGCUCUGGGUUAUUUUCAGAAAACUUUACUUGAGUUCCUUAUAAGUUUGUUCCCACAGACUUCCAUGGUGUGUGUGAGUGGGAGAGUAAGUUGUGGCCACUUUUUAGCCAUUGUUUAGUCUAGUAUAUGUGUGUUUACAUCUCCUCUCUGGAUUUAUAGGCAGCCAAGGCAAAAUAAAGAUUAUACUCACUUGAUUAAGGAGCCUUUAACCCAGAGCACCUGGCAGCAGAGAGGAUGUCUUUCACUAGCCUCUAGUUUUGUGUGUGCAUGUGAUUAUUAUUAAUGCUGGAUACUUGGUUAAAAAUGCAAGGCAUCGAAGGGGUUUUCUGAUGUUUUAGAGCUGAAAUACUUCAUCUUUCUUAAAUGUUCUAUUUCACCAAGUAACCUAAAAUCAAAUAAUUGACUAGGUGUAAAAUGAGAUAUUUCAAAGCAACAACAGACUAUUCUUUCAUAAACUGAAAGGUGGGGGCUGGACUACGUAAGAGUACUGUCGUUUCUUUGGAAGUCCUCUGUGAGUGCCUUUUCUCAGCUGCAUCCUGUCCAGAGGAAGCUACUUUCUCAUCCUGAUAUUUGUUAUUAAUUUGUUUACUGAUAAACACUUUAAUUGAUGUGUUUCUUAACCUUAUGUAUAUGGAAUCUUUCUUUGUUCUUCUGACUCAAUUACUUGAGAUUUUAGCUGUUUUGAUGCAACUACAUAGAAUUCAUCUUUGUUGCUUUUUAAAACUUAGACAUAAUGUAUGUACCAAAAUUAAUUUAUUUAAUCCUCUAGUGGACAUGCCUUUCCCAGCUGUCUUAUUUUGUAUGUGUAAGGCACAUAAGAGUUUAUAGCUAUUAUAUCUUAGUGGUAGGGUUGCCCAUUUCUUCAGUUUCACUAAAUAUUGCCAAAACACUUUCCAGAGUGGUUGUUCUCUACUACUGACGAAGCAUAUUUUGGUGUUUAUUGUCACUUGCAGGUCUUAUCUGUGCCUUUUUAUGUCUUUGGCUUAAUAGGAAUAAAUUAGGCUUUUUAGAUUUUGAAGAUAUCACUCACAAACUUUGAUAUAACUACUGUCACUAUGUUCUAGAAGUGGUUAUCUGAUAGUGAAAGAAAUGUAUUAAAGCCAUGGAGUCUUUUGAACUGUGUAGAAGUUCUGAAGCUGAAAUUUAAGAAUUCAGUAGCUGAACUACACUGACUACCUUUUGUGUAAUAAUACCUGUCUUAGUUCAUCUGGGUUGCUGUAACAAAGUACCACAGACUGGGUGAUUUAUCAACCAAAAUUGUGCUUCUCACUGUUGGGGAGACUGGAAGUCUUAAGAUCAGGGUGCACGCGUGGUCACGUUAUGUGUCUCCUGUCACCCUGCUUCACAUAUUAAACGGCCGUCUUUUUGCUCUGCCCUCAAGUGGCAGAAGGGGCUACAGAGCUCUGUCAGGCCGCUUACAGAAGGACACUUUAAUCCCAUUCAUAGGACUUGCCCUUAUGAUGUAAUCACCUCCCAAAGGACGGGCCUACCUCCUACCACCAUCACACUGGGACUUUCUUUGGCUGUAACGUAAGUUUUCAAGAGAUAAAACAUUCAGCCUAUGACAACUGCUCAAGAGAAAACAGUGUAGGGAAGAAAGCAUUAUUUGAACAUGUACUGACUGAAAAUUUUAUAAAAGUGAAAAAGAUGUAUUUCCCAGAUUCAAUGAACUAUAAACAGGAUAAAUAGAAACCAUAGGUAGAUACAUAGUAUACUAAAAUUAUCAAAAAAUACAAAGGAAACAUUAAAGGCUGCAGAGUUGUGUUUCGAGAGUGAAGUAAUUCUUGAAAUAAUAACUUAAGGAUGUUAUUCUACUAAGAAGGUUAACAACGUAAAAUGCUAUAUCCAGUGAAAAUGUUCUCCUUAAAUGCAAGUGACAUGAGACUUUUCAGGUUUACAAAAGUUGGGAGGAUUUCCGGUGGCAAACCAGAAGUUGAAUGAAUACUUCAAGGUGUUUUUCAGUCAAAGGGAAAAUGACCACAAAUGAAAUCAUGAGAAAAUGGAGCAAUAGAAGGAAAUAGGAGUAAAUAUAAGUAGAUGUCGAUUGUAGGAAAACAAUAAUCACAUCACAGUGUUUGUAGUUAUUUUUUUUAGUACAGGGAACACAGAAUAUGUUCUCUGACCACGAUAAGUGAAAUAAAUAUUUUGAACUGAAAACAGUGAACAUAUCACAGCAUAUACUUAAAGCUGUGCUUAAUGGAAAUGUAUAGCCUCAAGUAUGCUUAGAAAGUAAGUAUAAAAUCUAUCCUCUAAAUAUCCCUUUCAACUAGAAAAGCAGAAAAUGGAAAGGAAAUAGUCAAAAUGAAUAGAAAUGCAUGAAGUAGGAAAAUAAAGACUCCAAAAGUUUGUUUCAAAAGGAACCACUCCCCUCUCCCCCCCCCCCAGAUCUUGUCAAAGCCUAUUCAAGGACAAAAGAGUACAGGUGCAGACUCAGUGUCAGGUAUUAAAGGAGGGCAGAGGGUGGGGCUCAGAACUACAGAUCCCAGAGACAUGUAAAUGCUCUACAUAUAAUGACUUCAACUUGGGAUUUUUAGAAAAUGUUUUAGGAAAAAACAUUAAUCUAAUUUCAUACAACCUGGUCUUGAAACUGAGAGCAAAAAACUCUUCUCACAGUUUUAAAUCAAGCCAGUAUAACCUUGAUCCUAAAAUAUGACAAGACUUAUAAGAAUGAAAUUGGCCAAUCUGUCUCUUGAACAUAGAUAUCUGCAAACAAAGGUAAAGGAAUAUUUUUUCCACCUUGAGAGAAUAAAAGAGCAAAACAAAUCAGGUGAUCAUAUCACUAGAUUCCAAUACCUAGUCAUAAUUCUUAGCCAACUGAAAAUGAACAGCAAAGGACCCUAAUAUUUACAGAUGCACUAGUGCCCUAUGAGCAGCAGUGUGAAUUCUUAGUAUAUACCCAGUAGAAACGCCUGCAAAUAUGUGCCAAAGGACAUAUACAUGAAUGUUCACAUCAGCUUCAAAAUACCAAAGUGGAAACUAACCCAAAUGUCCCUCAGCAGUGCAAUGAAUUGUACUUUAGUCAAUGAAAUGCCAGAUAGUCAAAUGAGUCAUCAGCUACACAUUGUACGAACCUGAAAAUGUCAUGAAAGCAGCCUGACAGAGUAAUGCGUGCUGUCCAGUACGGUUUACAUGAAGUUCCAAAGAGUCAAAACUUAUUUGCAGAGUUAGAAAUCAGGGAAAUAGUUAUUUCUGGAAUAGACACAGUGGUUAGUUACUGGUAGGUAACAGACUUCUGGGGUUCUGAAAAUCUUUGGCUUCUUAAUCUGAAUGGUGGUUAUGUGAGUAGUUCACUUUGUAAAACCUUAUCAAAAUGUACACUUGUGAUUUUUGUGUUAUUUAAGAAAUGUUUAGUUUCAAAAAGAUGACACGUACCUAUUGACCCAGCUAUCCCCUUGUGACGGUCUGUCCUAAAGAAUGAAGAGCACCUAUCCCUAGGGAAAUAUGUACAAAGCUUGGGGGACUUAGGCUGUUAGAGGAUAGGUGGACCACGGCAUUCCGUGUGGGGCCCAACUUGCCUGUUCUUAAGAGUGGUGAAUACAUCACAGAAUGUUCUGUGAAACGUCACAUUUUAAAGAAGUUUUAUGUGCAGAUUUUUUUUAUGAACCCAGAGAAAAGAGUGGGAAGACAUUAGUACCUGAGGUAAGAGUUGGAUUAAUGACCACAGCAAGGACAAAUAUUAAAAUUCUCUUUGUACAUCUUUGUACGAUUAACCAUUUCUUCGUGGCUGCUCUUCCCACUGGUUCUUGAGUGAACUCCUAUUGUUGACAGCUGACUCUUGCCAUCAGUCAGUCACUCAUUGGGCCAUGAGUACUUGUAGCUUAUAAUGAGGAAGUAAUAGAGUUUUUAAAGAGGGGGGCCCUCCCUGGUGGCACAGGGGGUUAAGACGCAACCUAGGAAGCUAUCCGUAGCCACUGCAGCACGAGUUCGAUCCCCGGCUGGCCAGGGAGCAACCCACAUGGCGCGGCAGACUUCUCCUGACUUGCCCGCUGCUCCCCUCAGCAGUGUAUUUCAGUCAAUGUGCCUGUUCUGUUCCCCACUCUGUCUCUGGUGAAUCUUCUUACCCCCUCCCUCCACCUCUGGUC